UUUACCGUGAAGCGCAUGUGUCACGCUAGCCUCCGCUGUCACGUGACCGCUCUAGGACGUAGUCUAUCUUUUGACACAAAUAUUGAACUAUGCGAUCAUUCAUCGAACUCGACAUUUGCGGGAACAGGAGCUGAUCUGUGUUGGACCAGAGAAUGUGGAAAGUUGUGUGGGCAACACUGCUGCUCCUGGCCACUGUGUGUGCCCAGAGAGGCUAUGCCAAGGAGACCAAGGGAGCACCGAAGGUGGGGCACGUGUCAGUGGUCAUAGUGGGAGGUACAGGUGACUUGGCUAAGAAGUACCUGUGGCAGGGCUUCUUCCAUCUGUACGCUAACCAGGUGAGUAGCGGCUACAGUUUCUCCUUUUAUGGCGGAGGCCUGUCGCCCAACGAUAAGGCCACGCCGAUCCUGUUUGAGGCGCUAAAGGGAGUGGUCUGUCCUCGGGAGCUGUCUGUGGAGCGCUGUGCCCUGGUGAAGGAGCAGUUUCUGAAGCUGGCAGACUAUUGGCAGCUGAAGACUUCAGAGGACUACCAGGCCCUGGGCAAACACCUGACAGAGCAGCUGACGCAGGAGGGCAUAGUGGAGGCAGGCAGGCUGUUCUACCUGUCAGUGCCAGCCUUCGCUUAUGCGGACAUUGCAGAAAGGAUCAACAACAGCUGCAGACCGACCGACGGGGCGUGGUUGAGGGUAGUGCUGGAGAAACCGUUUGGCCAUGAUUUCAGUAGUGCCCAACUACUGUCCACUCAACUGGGUACCUCCCUUAAGGAUGAGGAGAUGUACAGGAUCGACCACUAUUUAGGGAAGCAGGUUGUCUCUAAGAUUUUGCCAUUCAGAAGGGAGAACAGUAAGCACCUGGAUCCUAUCUGGAACAAGCACCACAUUGAGAGAGUGGAGAUUGUACUGAAGGAGACCCUGGAUGCCAGAGGUCGUAUUCCCUUCUAUGACCAGUAUGGUGUGAUCAGAGACGUGAUACAGAACCACCUGACUGAGGUCAUGACCCUUCUGACCAUGGGGCUCCCAGCCAACCUGAGUGACGUGAAGGAGGUCCUCAGGAACAAGCUGAAGAUCUUCAGUGCCUUGCAGCACCUGGACAGGAACUGUGCUACCAUUGGUCAGUACCAGAACUACAAUCUAGAGGUACAGGAAGAACUGAACAAAACAAAGGAGUACUACAGCCUCACCCCCACCUUUGCUGGUAUCAUGGUGCAUAUUGACAUAGCCCAGUACGAGAAAAUGCCAAUCAUCCUGACCUCAGGGAAGAUGCUGGAUGAGCGCUUAGGCUAUGCUCGCAUUUUGUUCAAGAAUGACAUCUUCUGUGUCCAGAGCCACAGCAGCGUCCACUGCAAGCCCAAGCAGAUUGUGUUCUACUUUGGCCACGGCACUCUGCAGUACCCAGCCAUUCUCGUGAGUAAGAACCUGUUCAAGCCAGACCUGAUGGACACUGAGUGGAAGGAGAUAACGGAACACAAAGAUGUCAGUGUAUUAGGUAUGCCCAUCUCUGACUACUAUGUGCUGACACCAACGGUACAGAGAGAGGCUUACGCAGAACUCAUUUUGCACAUCUUCCAAGGCCGGAAGGACAGCUUUAUCAGUACUGAGAACCUGCUGGCCUCCUGGGGUUUCUGGACUCCUCUCCUGCACGGUCUGGCCAAAACCUCCCCCCGCCUGUACCCCGGGGGAGCGGACAAUGGCAACAUGCUGGACUUCAAACUGUUGGGACGGGAGGUGACCUUCGCCAACGAAGCUGUGGUCAUGAUCACCCAAGACCACAUGGGCGGGUCUGGGACGGAGAGCUUCCAGGUGAUGCAGGGGAAGUACCGCAGCGCUGAAAUGGUGUCUGCCUGGCCCGAGGAGCUCAUCGUGCGGCUGGCCGCAGACCUGCAGGCUUCAGCGGAGAAAGCGGUAAGGGAGGGGGGCCGCUUCCAUCUGGCCCUCUCUGGGGGUUCCAGUCCCCUAGCUCUGUUCCAGAGGCUGGCCCGCCACCACUACUCCUUCCCCUGGAGGGACACCCACGUUUGGAUGGUGGACGAGCGAUGCGUGCCUCUCACAGAGUUGGACUCCAACUUCCGCACCCUGCACGACCACCUGCUCCAACACGUGAAGAUGCCCUAUUUCAACAUCCACCCCAUGCCGGUGCAGAUGAACCAGCGGCUGUGUGUGGAGGAGGAUAGUGGAGCGCUGCUCUAUGAGAGAGACAUCAACCAGCUGGUUAAUGCCUCCAGCUUCCACUUUGUCCUUCUAGGAGUGGGCUACGAUGGCCAUACCGCCUCCCUCUUCCCAGGCAGCAAGCUUGACGCCCAUGGGGACAGUCUGGUAGCCCUCACCGAGAGCCCAGCCAAGCCUCACCAGCGUAUGAGCCUCACCCUCAGGGCUAUCAACCAGGCCCAGAAAGUAGGUGUGCUGGUGAUGGGUAAGAGCAAACAUGAGCUGGUCACCCAGCUCAGCCGAGUCAAGGACAACCCAAACAAGUGGCCCAUCACUGCUAUCCGGCCGACCAGUGGCAGGCUAGUAUGGUACAUAGACUAUGAUGCUCUUUUAGGAUAGCGAACAGCUGCUUUUGGCUCUGUGAUACUGUAGCAAUGAAAUGAUGUACAUUUAAAUGGAAAUGAAUGAUUUGCUGUAAUUUUACUAUUUUGCUGUAUUUUGACCAAGAAUGUAAAGUAAUGAUGAAGUUCUGUUGAUUCUGGGCACCUUAAAGUAUGGAAGUACAUAUGGUAUACUGGCAUAUAUUUUAUUUUUCAAUAUACAGGAUGUAGGGGCUCAUGUGAUAUGUUUGUGUGUGUGUGUAUGUGUGUGUGGGGUUGUAUAUUUACCAAAUGGACAUCUCAGGAAAGCAAAGUGGAUAUGGAAGUUUGUUAGUCUUUAAUCAUUACUCAUGAUCUGAAUAACUAUAUUUUAUUUAGUUGUAAAAACAGUAUAUAUUUCACACAAAGCUACCCAUUCCACACUGAACCUGCAUAGAAUAGUAUUGUUAAAAGGGGACUUUAAACCGUGAAAGACCAACAAUUUUGGUUAAAAUUUCAUUCAAUGAAAAUGACCCUAUGGUAAAUGGAUUUGGAGUUUUUGCUCCUAUGGUCGACAGAUAAUGUAGUCUAUAGCCAUGUAUCAUUGUAUUUGUGCCUCAAUGACAAUUGAAAUCAAAAUGCAUAAUGUACUGUCCAGUACAUUAAAUGACAUAAAAAAGCAUAUUAUGAUCCAUUGCUGCCUUUGUUUUAAUCUAUGCUUGUGGAUAAAAAAAAAAAUAAUACAAUUAUCUAAUGUAUUAUUUGAUAUCUAUGAGAAAUGUACAAUUUCCACAGCCUUUGACCUAAUGUGUGUAUUCUCCCCUAUGAGCCAGUCCAGUAGUUCCUAAUACUUCCUCUUUUAAAGACAUGCUCUGUUACUUUGGCGACUUAGAAAUUAUUUUUUAAACCUCUCGCUUUGGGCUGUAUGUGUCAAUCUGUAGUUCAUACAUGCAGAAUUACUGUCUUAGCCACAAAAUCCCUAGUUUGAAAGUGAUUGUUUUCUUGAACCUGUGCAGUGCCAUUUUCCCUACAUUUCCCCCUCUUGGGCCAGCCCCGUAGCAAUUUCAGUUCUAGCCAAUGAGCUUCAGCCCCUCACAUUUGAGUGACAGCUAGCAAGAGGCCUGCCCGGCAUUAUCCAAUGAGGUUGCAGGGUGGGCUCAACUUCUCAGUGGACACAGCAGAGAAUGAGCAAUGACGUGGUCUGAAUAAGUUAUGUUAUGUUAUGUUGUAUGCAAUUUUCGGCGACCACUUUUUGCUCAUGAGUGCUACUUUCAGAACUACUGGCUAAAAAGUAUACAAAAGUAUCAGAGAAUCUCUUAAUGUGAGUGAAAUGGGGCUUACAAGAUGUCGUUGAUGUUUUAUUUGUCACAUGCACAAGUACAGUGAAAUGCUUAACUAAGUUGUGACCUUCCAACUUUGAUACUGUGAGUCUCCUCGUUUGAGAUGUCCUUCACUGGCAUUCACACAGAUUGGCUCACUGCACAACAUUUGAUUUCAAAGUGUGUAACUGAGUUCAUCAAUGUUUUAUUUGUGGAUUGAAUUAGGAGAGUUCCUCUUACGUAAAGGGCCUUUUUAGGAUAUUGAAAUGGAUUUAAAAUGGGUUGAUGAAGUUUAGUUCAACCGCUUCACUGCGUUGCCUUAAUUCAUUAUACGGACAGGUGUAUGUUAAUAUAUAUGUAUUAGCUGAAGGUUAUUUUGCCUGGGAAAAAGAUGUAAUUAGGUUUCAAUUUGAUGUUUGCACAUACAAAUGUUAUAGCACUUGAUUAUUCUGAAUGCUGUAAGUGAAGGUGUGGUUUGUUCCUUAUCACUUUGGGGUUCAAACAGUCUAUGAAUAAAUGAUUUACAAUUGUUUAUUUUUCUACAUAUGGGGACCUAACACCAUUUUUCUACAUACUGUACACACAUGGAAUUAAUGUAACAGUUAAUCACUGUUUUACCACAAGGAAAUAAACUACAGCUUUCACAACC